AUGAUGCAUUCAAUUCGCGAUGUCGGAUUCGUGGCAGCAAUAGUUCUGGGGUUGAAAAUGUUUGAUAUUGAUAGAUUGGAACUGCAGUAUCGGAAUAUUCAGAACCUUAUGGAGCGAGAAUUCAUUCAUGUGCCUGGUGAGGAGUCAACCUCAUUUCAAAAUGCUUUGAAACGCCUAGAAAAGGCGAAAAUCAUAGAAAUUUCCAACGGUUCCAUCGCUGUUGUUAAACCGGAACAAUUCUGUACACUUCGGAAUCUCAUAGUGUCAUUCAUAGCUAACUUUCAAAUAGUCCUUGAAGCGCUUUUCUCGGCCGAUCAGCAAUUGUUUUCCAUGAAAGAAGUGGUUCCGCUUUGCCAAACGUUUAUUGCCAACCUCUACCACAAAUGUUCAUCGCGGAAUCCCGUCCGACUGUCGUACCUUUCAUCAGAACCUAUCAAGAACACGUGUUCCACCCUUAAACGCCAACGGGUACUUUUGUCUACAGAAGACGAUAAACUCAGGCUCGACCGCACAGCAGCAUCGCAACUGAUUCGUGAUCUCACUCUUAUAACUGGCUCAGCCUUCACUCCAACGCACGCCAAACUCUGA